AAAUACCGGAAGUACAUGGAACGUUUUCUGUCACGUGGUACCGUUGCAAGUUGGUCACAGACGAACUAAACAGUGGCUAUUUUCAUGUUACUUACGUCUAGAAUGUCGACGAUGCUGUAGAAUACAUUGUAGAAGAGGCCCUGAAAUGAGUGGCAAAACGACAGGAUAUUUUCUGCGGAGGUCACUAUGUCCUUGUAAUCUUUUAGGUCCAUUGCAUAUGCGGCGCAUAUCAGCGAACGCCAGUCGUCGGUGCAGUUCGAGUGAACCAACAAAGCAAGGGAACUCAGUGAAGAGAUCCCAGUUCAUCCCAGCUGCUGAAUCUAAGCAUGACUGGGUCGGUCCCCCUCACAGGCUGUCAAACCUGCGACCAAUCAUAUACCACAUCCCUGAGAAUGAGACGGAAUUGGAGAAGCAGCUUAGAACCUUGAGACAAGAGACGGAGGAUUGGAACCAUGCAUUCUGGACCAAUCAGAAUAUCACUUUCAACAAGGAGAAGGAUGCCUUCGUCCUCUCACAACUGAAGGAGAAAGGCUUGACUGAGAGAGAUGAGAAAGGAAGGAAAAGGGCUUUAAACAGUGAAGAAAUGGCAGUCUUUUACAAACAUUUCCUGGAUGAAAACUGCAUAAGACAUGCCAAUUACAAUAAGGAUUGGUACAGACGUAACUUCACAAUCACCUUGCUUAUGGGCAGAGUGGCUUUCCACAGUGUCUGGAGAACACUUGCUGAGAGAAGAGGCUGGAAGAAAGGCGGCCCUACCACAUGAUACUCCAUUAAAUACGUUAUCUUCUAUUCUCUCA